AUGGAGAUGUAUCCAGGAGUCUGGAUCCUGAUGGGCAAAAUGUUCAGAGAAAAACGGUUAAACCUCCUCAAUCAGAUCAUCCCGAGUCGUGGGAUUGUCAUAACGCCUUUGCAUUCUGCCUGUGCUAAUGGAUAUACAGAUAUUGUUACUUUCUUGGUGGACAACAAAUGCCAACUAGAUAGCUGUGAUGAAGAGAAGAGAUCUCCAUUAAUGGAGGCGGUGGAAUGUCAGCAAGAAUUCUGUGCAAUUUAUCUGCUUGAACAUGGAGCAGAUCCUAAUCUGAAGGACAUAGACAAUAACACUGCCCUCCACUUUGCUGCCGCUUAUUCUAGUGUAUCUCUAGCAAAAUAUCUGCUUCAAAAGAAAGCUGACAUUGAAGGAAAAAAUAAGGAUGCUUGCACACCGUUAAUUGUUGCUGUGGCUGAAAAUAAUCAAGAAAUGGUAGAGUUUCUUCUUCAACGAAACGCAUCUGUGUAUGCCACAGAUAAAUUGGGAAGAACGCCUUUGCAUUCUGCCUGUGCUAAUGGAUAUACAGAUAUUGUUACUUUCUUGGUGGACAACAAAUGCCAACUAGAUAGCUGUGAUGAAGAGAAGAGAUCUCCAUUAAUGGAGGCGGUGGAAUGUCAGCAAGAAUUCUGUGCAAUUUAUCUGCUUGAACAUGGAGCAGAUCCUAAUCUGAAGGACAUAGACAAUAACACUGCCCUCCACUUUGCUGCCUCUUAUUCUAAUAUAUCUCUAGCAAAAUAUCUGCUUGAAAAGAAAGCUGACAUUGAAGGAAAAAAUAAGGAUGCUUGCACACCGUUAAUUGUUGCUGUGGCUGAAAAUAAUCAAGAAAUGGUAGAGUUUCUUCUUCAACGAAACGCAUCUGUGCAUGCCACAGAUAAAUUGGGAAGGCCUAUGCUGCAUUUCCCUUCCCAUAACUUAGAAGCAGGGUUGCCUUAA